AUGAAAACGCGCGACUUCAAGAAGGAUAUAAGCGUGAUGAUUGGAUCGAUGAAGGAUGAGGGCACAUACUGGCUGCCCUAUUAUCUUAUCAGUCCAAAAAUGGGCUUCCAGUUCAAUCAUACCAUAUCAGCUGAUGAUCCCACCAAUCGAGCUUUAAUCAACAGGGCGCAAUAUACACGCUCACUACAAUCGUUUAUCCCGUAUUUUGGUGAUUCACAAUUGGUAAAGCAUGCGUUAUUGCAUGCUUAUGAAGAGGUUUCGGAAAGUACAGAUCCACGUGAAAGGCUACGCGAUGGUGUGGCUCGAUUUGUUGGCGAUUUCUUUUUCACGUGUAGCUUAAUCGAAUUUGCUGAUAUGCUUGCCGAUAAUAUUUACGGUUCCGUCUAUAUGUAUUAUUUCACAAAAAGGUAUUCACCUUUUUGA